AUGGUAUCCUCUUCUUCUUUUGUCUUUAUGAUAGACUUGUCCUUUUCCAAAAGGCAGAAGUAGGACCAUAUUGUGUUGAAGUCGUACACCUGCAUUUAGCUUUUUUUGACACUUUACACACUUGUCCACGAAAAUUCUUUACAACUAUGGCUUUUUCCCUUUUUUUUUUUUUCAGGUGAAUCAUUUCCCUUUGUUUAAUCAAUUCAUUUGGUUUUUCUUUGUUUAAUAUUGGUAGUUAAAGUCUUACAUGUAAUUUAAUACUACCUACUAAGUAUAAUAGGUUUUCUCUCUCAUUUUUUUUCACAGAUUCUUCAUCUGAUCACUUUACAAUACAACACAACUAUGGGGGUAUUUUAGGGCACACAAGGGAGACAAAAUAUAUGGGGGGCAGUGUAGGCUAUGUUGAUUAUUGUGAAAGUGAUGAACUCUCUUUAAUUGAACUCUUCAAUAUGGUACUUGAAUUUGGUUCAAAGUUUUCAGCCAUUAACUUUUACACUUGGGUUAGUGGUGGCUUAAGAAUUCUAAAAACAGACUUAGAUGCAAUGGGGCUACGUUCAUUGGUUGAUAAAGAUAGGGUGGUGAAGGUUUUUUCUGUUGAAGAAAAAGAAGAUAAAGUGUAUGGGGAAUUGUAUGUGGGGGCCCAAGAGAGUCAAGUUGGCAGACCUAAUAAGCCCAAAAGGACUGAGGUUAAAGUUUCAGACUCUAGAAUAUCACUGCCCAGAUGGACUGGCCCUUUUCCUAAAACCAUGGGCUCACUCAAUAAGGGCAUGACACAGCCCAAAUCCAUAGGGAUAUCCAGUAGGUAUAUGCCACAGGACAAAACCAUGGGGACCCCAAAAAAUGCCAAGGCCCAGUCCAAACCCAUUAAUGUCUGCAAUAAAGGUAAGGGCAAGACCAAAGUCCAGGAUGUAGUAAUUCAGGAUAUGGUGGAUGUGCAAGUGGAUGAAGAGGGUGACAGUGAUGAGUAUGACCUAGAUUCAGACACCUCUGAUGAAGAUGAAGUUUUUUAUGAUAGUGAUUAUGGGUUAACUGAUGAUGAUGAACUGUUUGAGCAAAACGUUGACAAAUAUGUAGAAUUUGGUGGGUUGAACAAGAAAAAUACUUUGAGUAUAGAUGCUGAUUAUGCUGCAGUAAUAGAGGAAAUGGCUGAUAUAGAAGGUGGUAUUGAUGAUUCCUCUGAUGAACUCAAUAGUGGGUAUAACUCCUCAGAUGAAGAAGGAGGGUCUAGAAAACAAGAGAGAAAGUACACAAUUUUCAAUGAGAAGACUGAGAUGGACAAUCCUGUGUUCGAGGUUGGGAUGGAGUUUAAGACUCAUGACCUAAUUGCAAAUGCAGUUAAAGAGUACUCAAUUUUACAUGGAAAGAAGAUUAAAUUCCUAAAAAAUGAUAGGGAAAAGGUGAGGGCAAAAUGCCAAGACGGUUAUGAUUGGCUCAUCUAUGCAUCUUAUGUCCCUAGUGAUGCUGUGUAUAGGGUGAAAAGGUAUGAUGCAGUGCAUAACUGCGUUAGGUCUUUCCAUGUACCAUGGGUCAGUACCAAAUGGAUAUUGGACAAGUAUUGUGACAGGAUUAGAAGUAACCCUACGUGGCCAAUCAAGUCUCUGGCCGAAACUAUAGAAAAAGAAAGGACUGUGAAAGUAAGUAUCCAAAAGGUCUAUAGGGCUAAGCAGAUGGCUUUGGAGUUGAUUCAAGGUAGUGCUGAAGAGCAAUUUCAGCAACUGUGGGGAUAUGUGGAAGAGGUAAGGUCUUCAAAUCCUGGAACAACAAUUAAAAUGAAAGUGAAAUUGAAUACUAGGUUUGGGAAUUUUGCAAAGUUCAAGAGGUUGAAUAUUUGUUGGGGUGCAUUGAAGAAAGGGUUCUUGGAGGGAUGUAGGCCAUUGAUAGGAUUGGAUGGGUGCCAUUUGAAAGGGCCACAAGGUGGCAUUCUCUUGACAGCUGUUGGCAUUGAUUCCAACAACUGCAUUUACCCCUUUGCAUAUGCAGUGGUAGAACAAGAAAAAUACAAGACAUGGAACUGGUUUCUUGAGCUACUGAUAGAAGACCUUAACAUACAAAAUUCUCAUAGUUUUACAAUUAUGAGUGACAAGCAAAAAGGUCUAAUUGAGGCUGUUCAGAAUCUGUUACCAAAUGCUCCUCAUAGGUUCUGUGUUAGGCACUUGUACAAUAAUUUCAAGCUGGAGUUCAAAGGUUUGGCCCUCAAAGAUAUAUUGUGGAAGGCAGCUAGAGCAACUACAAUUCCACAGUUCAAUAAUGCUAUGGAAGAGAUGCACCAGAUGGACAAAAUGGCAUAUGAUUGGUUAUGUAAGAGGCCCCCAAUCAAUUGGAGUAGAUCCCAUUUCAGCACAUACACUAAGUGUGACAUCCUCUUGAAUAACCUAUGUGAGAGUUUCAAUUCAAGCAUCUUACUGGCCAGGGACAAGCCUAUAAUUAGUAUGCUAGAGGCCAUAAGGGUAAUUUUGAUGGAAACAAUUGUCAAGAAGAGGGAUGCAAUGAAGAGAUGCAAGUGGCCAGUGUGUCCAAAGAUUUUCAAAAUAGUGGAGAAGCUGAAAACAAAUUCUGAAGGGUGGAUACCAAAGUGGCAGGGCAGUGCCAAUUUGAAGUUUAUGGGCCUAAUAAUAUGCAGUACAAGGUCCACUUGACAAACAAAACAUGUGGGUGUAGAAAGUGGGACAUCUCUGGAAUCCCAUGCAUUCAUGCCAUAGCAGCUCUGAGUUUCUUGAACAUGGACAUUUUUUAUUAUGUUCAUGAGUGUUACAAGGUGGA